UGUGCUCUGGAAACGCCCUUCUCAGGGCGGCCAACAGCUCCCACCAUAUAAACGGUUCUGGUUGUCCUACAUAAAUUUAAGUAUACAACUAGUUUAAACCUGAAUUGAACCCGAGACUCUCAAUUUGAGAGGAUGAAUAAUACAUAUCGAACCUAGAAAUAUGUAUUUUAAAAUAUUUGUGGAAUUUAUAGACAGACAUAAGGCUGGAUAUUAUAAUAUCCAGCUUUUUAAAAAAUUUUAAAAAAUGAACUUUUCUGAGUUACGGCCGAACCCAGAAACACCGGCGUAGCCGUUAGUGAUUGAAGAAUCCUGCUGCCAAACAUCUGAUUCUUGAGUCUGCUGGAGUUCAAGCAACCUUGGCUGGAGUUGUCUAAGGGGCCAAAAAAUACCUGCUGGUCGGCUAUUUUUGGAGUUAUCUCCAUCAAUCAUGUCUAUCUUGUCUCUAAUAUUGAAGUGUGGUGGGAAACGAGUUCCAAUCUAUCCCUUGACCCAUCACGUCGUAUUGCCGUCCUGGGUCAAUCAAAUCGUGUCUCACCUGCAUAACUCUCCCGUUAACCAGGUGGGAUCAGGAAAAGGGGAUUAUUACGUCGUAGAGAAUGAGGAAGAGAAGCAGUCCAUUACUGACCGAGCCGCCAAUACAAUGUUUUGGACGGAACUAUUUCGAGGCGCCGGUGUCACGAUGGCGCACAUCUUUAAGGAGCCAGCAACGAUCAAUUAUCCGUUCGAGAAGGGUCCGUUAAGUCCUCGCUUCCGCGGGGAGCAUGCCCUUCGUCGCUACCCAUCCGGCGAGGAACGAUGCAUCGCAUGCAAGUUGUGCGAAGCCAUUUGUCCAGCACAGGCGAUAACCAUUGAGGCAGAAGAACGAGCGGAUGGCAGUCGAAGAACUACUCGCUACGAUAUCGACAUGACCAAGUGCAUCUACUGCGGACUGUGUCAAGAGGCUUGUCCGGUCAAUGCCAUUGUUGAGGGACCCAAUUUUGAAUUCUCUACUGAAACUCAUGAAGAAUUGUUGUACAAUAAAGACAAGCUUCUUACCAAUGGGGACAAAUGGGAGGCUGAAAUAGCUGCAAACUUGCAAGCUGACCACCUGUACCGAUGAUGAGACUCGUUCCAAUGGAAUCGACACCAACUUAAUAACAAACAGUUACGCAACAAAUUUAUUUACUUCAACAUCACUAUAUCACUAAUUCGGGAUAGCAAAGUUGUUUAUUUAUUAUAAUAUUAUACUUUCAAAAACAUGUUAAAAUUUCGAAAUUCACUACGCUUCUUUAUGGAGAAUUAAUAAGGAAUAUGGAACAUAAAAUUGAAUUCAGUUAUCUCUAUUCGUUCAAAAAUUGUAGUAAAUAAUUCAAGGGAACAAUUAAGCGGGCCGUUCAUUACUGUCACCUCUUUAAGAUUAUGAAAUUCACCAGUAAAAAUUGCCUGUCAGAAAUGACAGCAGUAUUUAAAGCAAUAAGACAAGAGAUAAAAUAACAAGCGUUUCUAAUAAAUAAGGGAAAAAUAA